GGAUAAGUAUCGCAUUACCUCGAGGUCCCAACUGAAGAUCUCUCCGUCCGACGAGCCAGUGAAUAACGUCGUGUCAACAAACUCGGCAGUAUUAACCGCGCCACUGUGACCUCGUAGGGUGUAGAGAGGAUCGGGAGAGGCAUUGGGCAUAGCGAACUUGAAGCUUUGAACAUCACACCGACGUAAGCAAAGAUAAAACCGCCAACCCGGUUAAGAAAACUCGCCACCCGCGGUUCCUCGGGCGUCACAGUAGCCUAGACUACCGCCCUCAAGUUUGCCCUUUAAAUGUUGAACCUGUUAAAGUUUUUAGGUGGCGCGACCAACAGUCUAGUGAAAGGUAAGCAAAAAUUAGCCCCAACGUUAUCCUCACACUGUUUUGACAAUUAUUCAAUGUUUGAGUAACUUACAAUGAUUAUACUGCAAAUUUAUACGCUCGGCAUAUUCACGUUGGAGAAAGUAUUUCACGGUAUCGCUGCUAAACCGUUUUCCCGUGUUUUUAAAAUUUUGUUUUUUACGAAUACUUGUUUCAUUCAAAUUAAUGGACUUUUAAGAACUAAUAAUACCAAGACAAUUGCCGUGCGUCGUUAAUCUGUUUAGUAAUCAUUCAUACGUGUUGAACAGAAGGCGCGCGCGUCGCGACAACUUGAAAAACUUUUAGUUUGUGUGUGUUUUGUCACCGUCUGUCUCCGUCCGAAAAGUUCGCUUGUUCGGUUGCCCGCGGCAACACACAAUAACAUACCCGAGGCAAAAAUGUGACUAACGCUUAUUCCUGCCCAUCACCACGUCGCCACGCUCGAACUGAGUGCAAGAACCCCCCCUUUCACGCCAUUCCCGGUCGCGGCAUGCGGUUGUCGAAGCGUCUUCGACCGCUUUAGCGUCCUAAACGGUCCCCAAGUGGCCCCAAUCAAGCGCGCGCAGGGCUUUCCCUUGAUGCAUGCUCCGUGGGAGGUCGUCCGUCUUCGCGAACGAUGAAGAGGUUCUUUCAAAAGAAGAUACUCAAGUCCUCGUCCAAGAAGCAGAGCACGGCCAGCCUGAAUUCGUACAAUGGAGAAGACUUCUGCGGCUACCACAUCGAUUUGGGCGCGGUGGAUUCGAGUUUCACUAAGCUCCAUAAAGCGUGCUGGCUGGGAGACGAGGACCGCGCCAGAGCGGCCGCCAAGAAAGUGGAUGUCAGCUUUCAAGACAAUGAAAGCAGGAGCCCGCUUCAUCUGGCAGCAGCGAGGGGUCACAUGACGAUCGUCCAGCUCUUGCUUCGCAGCCAUGCCCGAGUGGACGCAUUAGAUUCUGAGGGAAAGACGCCUCUCAUGAAGGCUGUGGAAGGUCAACACCGGGAAGUGGUGAGGUGUCUGCUCGAGCAGAGGGCGAACCCCGACGUCCCCGACCAGAACCUCGACACGGCUCUGCACCUGGCUCUCUCCACGGGCCAACCCGACAUGGCCCUGCUGUUGGUGCAGUUUGAUGCCGACGUCUUGGCGAGGAACAAGGAAGGAAUGUCGCCAUUGUACCUGGCAGUGUUGCAGCAACACCUGGACGUGGCACGGGUGCUUCUGGACAAGGGAGCCAUGCCGAACGCUGGAGACAACCAGAAAAAGACCCCCCUGAUGGUUGCUUGCGAGGCCGGCUCGGUCCCCCUGGUCCAGCUUCUUGUGAGCAGAGGAGCGAGCGUAGGCGCCAUCGACCAGGACAGCCGUACCGCUAUGGAUUACGCCACCAGGGCCGGCAAGGAGGAAUGUUGCAAGGUUCUAGCCGGUACUGGCACACCUCGAAGGAUGGGUGGUGAUGCCGUUAACGGAGAUCUGGAUUCUUGGAAGUCUUCCACCGAUUCGGAAGCAAGUGAGAAACAAAAGAGGCUACCUUUCAACGUGAGAAAAGCAUCUUCCACAAGGUCCUCUCAAAAGUCAAAUGCCGAUCAACCAAUUAGCCUCAACGGCUUCAACGGCGUCGGUUCCGCAAAGUUUGGAAGAUCUUUCAGCGUCGAGACCGGGUCGUCGAACCACAACCGACAGAGCUCGGACGGGCCGCUGCUGCAGACGAUAGCGCUCGCCCCCCCGGACAAACCGAAGGAGGCGGAGCCUCAAGCAGCCGAGUCUCAAGACGUCCCCGACAAACCGCACUUCAAGGAGAACGACAUCGGCAGCUGGCUGGCGGAGGGCGACUCCAUCGAAGAAGACCCGGACGAGGAGGCGAAAGUGACUUCGCUGUACAUUCCCUCCGCCUCUCAGAAGAGGAAGCCCGAGAAGGAAGACGACUUCCACAAGUCUGUCGAGGUGCUUCUUGCCUACGAAGGCCAGCAGCUCACGCGCGAGGCAGUGACGAAGAGCGUCGAUGGGAAGGAUGCGAAAAAGGCGGGCAACGGGGAGGCCGUUGUCGGAAAGGCCGAAAGUGUGAACGCGUCCCGCUCGCCGGAGAGCAGCGACUGGGAUUCCACGGAAGGGGUUGCCACUCUUCCUCGACAUCAGGUUGCAAGCCCACCCCAGGAAGGUACACUGGGCAGGGUUGACACUCUUCAGGGAACUGAAGAGAUAUGGGAGAAGAACCCCAUCCUGCCCCCAGAUGCAGAGGAGACUCCCAAGCACUUGGCCACCCCCGAGCAGGAUCCACAGGCUGAUGAGGACGACGCACCGCAGAGGCCUCCCAGGUUCAGCAAGAACCGGCUCAGGAGUUCGUGGAGCUCGUCCUCUUCGUCGUCGGUCCCCUCUCGGACCGGUCCCCUGGUCGUCGGGGGGUUGGGAAGACGCAGCACGGCGACGAAGAAGGAAGGGGAAGAGAGCGAGGCCGGGAGCUCGUCUCCGCAGCCGGACGACGCGCCGAGAAACCGGGAGCCGCCUCGCAGUGCUGCCAACGGGAACGUCGUCGGCAAGACGCAGGGGUCGCCAGAAGCAUCCGCCCGCAACAGCCGCGAAAAGGAGAAUGCGUUACUAAGGCCUAUGAAAAUAAAUGGGGGAAGCGGAUCUGAUCCUGAGGCCCUGGUUGCAACCCUUCAGAUGCAAGUCAGUUCUGCCAAAUCCGAUCUUCAAGAGCAAGUUGAACAACGCAAAGUGGCCGAAUCCCUCGCUAGGGAACUGCAGUUGCAGCUUAGCAGGAGAGAGGAGGCUAUCAUGAGAGAUGUCGAAACGAAAGAUACUAUUGAUGGUAAAUUAGCUGAUUUGGAACAGGAAUUGAAAAGUGCCAAGGGACUGAUCAAAGAUUUGCAUCACGAAAUCGAAUCUCUACAAAAGCAUCUGAAUUGCUACAAAGAGUCUGCAAAUGUGUACAAAGAAGCAAGUGAAAAGCAGGAAAAUCUAUUCAAGGAACUCCUCUCCGAAAAGGAAAAGUUUUGGGCCGAAGAAAGAGAAAAGAUGUUGUCUCAGCUGAAAGAGAAAGAUGCCUUAGCGUCGACAGCACAGACAACUACAGAGUUCCUCACCAUACAAGAAAAGCUAGUCGCCCUACACGAAGUGUUGGCCUCCCUCAAUCUCAAGGCAGACGCGACCUGCGACGCUACCUCCGCCGCGGAUGGAAUCUCCAAGCUACUCCAGCUUUCUAACUCCGCACUGGGCGACCUUCAGAAGCUCUCCGAGAGUGCAGAGCACACGACAUCGCUGCUCCGCAACAUCGACGAAAACCUCCAGGGAACCAACGACAGGCAGCUCGGCAUCAAUCAGUUGCUGGAAGCGUCUCAGAAGCUGGAAGGGCUUUCGUCUUGGACGCAGAACUGCGAGGGAAUCGGCCAGACCUUGGAGCGCCUCGAGACGAACCAGAAAGCCCUGACGAACACCCUGGGAGAGCUGCAGUCACUUUUUGCCACAGGACACGAUUCCGGCUCAUUGCCCCGUCGGAGGGAGGAGUCCGGCAACCUUGAAGCAUCCGACCUUUUAGACAUCAAGGAGGGCGUGACCCGUGUUCUCCGCAGGCUCGACCGGUUCGCAGACGAGAUCAAGACGGCCUCCGGCGUCGAGGGGACGAAGGCGACCCAGAAAGUAGUGGAGUCUUUCAGCGAGUACCAUUCGUCCACGAAGCAGGAGAUGCUGAAUCUGCUGAACAAAGUAUCGUGCGAGCAAAAGGCGCAGGUGGAUCGAGUCGUUCGCAACACCUCGGGGAUGUCGGAGGAAUUUGCCGAGAUUCGGCUGAACCAGAGUACGGCGCUGAAGCAGCUCCAGAGCCUCAAGGACGAGCUGAUCCAGAUGGAUACGAGCGGGAUGUUUGCCAGGUUGGAGUCCUCUCAGGAAAAGAGUGUGCAGCAUGUGACGAGGAUGGUCGAGCCCGUGUCUGCGGAAUUGAAGAACAUGCAGGCCACGUUGCAGAGACAGCACGAAGUGCUCGUCACAAAGAUAUCGGAGCCGGCACAGCCGGGCGUGGCGCCAGAGCAGUGGCAGGGCGUCAUAGAGCGCCUGGACUGCCUCCUGGACCAGACCAGCUCCCUGCAGGCCAAGGAGAGGGCGGGCCGGCUCGAGAGGCUCUCUGCAGACCUGAGGGAGGUGUCUCCCGAGAACGACCUCCCCACCCUGCUGGGGGGCCUCACCAACGCCCUGGCCGACCUGAAGGGAGAGGUGCGCAGGCAGCAGGGCUCGGGCUUCGAGAGGCGCGCAAGCCUCCCGAUACCUGGUGAUGCUGCCGACCACUUACUGCCUCACCACCGUGCUGCUCUGGCCAGAAAUAAUGUUGCAGAGGAAAGCAAGCUUGAAAAGGAGAAAUACAGGAGCAAAAAAGCUCUCUUGAAGUACAAGUCUGAGCUGAAAGGGAUCAAAGAAAAGUUAAAGAACAUCAACCAUAUUUGUGAGAGGGACGGACUGAAGGGCAAUCGCCAGAUAGACCAGCAGGCGUCUGAACUCCAGAGAAGAAUUGACAUGUUGGCCCUGAGGAUAGAUUCUGACCGACAGUACCGCACCGAUCUCGAAAUCAGCAAUCUCAGAACAGAAAUGCACCACAUUCGUCAAGGGCUGUCCAGGGAGGAACUGCACAAGUCACUGCCCAGCACCUAUCGGAAACUCGGGCACAUGACCCCUUCAGAGACUCCCACGAAGCUCACGGAUUAUAAUGGCUGCCAAAAUAUGUUUCACAAGUACAGGACUGAUCUCACGGAGGAAGUCCAUCACCUCAGACGCAACCUGGGCUCCGAGCCAGAUGUUCACUACAGCUGGCUGUCAACGAACAACACUCCAGAGAACCACAACGUAGAGGUGGCAGCGGGUGACACCUAUUCCAGAAAGCAACUUCCAGGUCAGUCCCAGUCCACACCACACCCGGUUCCCCUGUUUGCCAAGAGGCUCCCCAGCUGGUCCGUGAGUCCGGUCAAGUCAGCGCCUCCGGUGCCUGCUCAGAGCACGAGCACCAGGCAGCGUGUCCAAGCCAUGCUGGAUGAAUCCCUGGCCAGGCACCUCACUCCCGGUAAUUCUUUCGUGGCACCUCCCCAUGAAGAAUACGACAGCGUGGACGCCGAAUUAAAGAAGUCUCUGGCCGAGCUGACCAAUUCACUGGAGAAGACGUAUCUUGUAUAAGGAAAUUUGCCGCCAAGUCGACCUGAAAAAGGGGAAGCACACUACCAAAAGCCUUAUUUACAUGUACAGCCUUCGUAUAAAACCCAACGAGCACAGUUUUUUUUCUUUUUUUAGUUUUGUUUAUAGAGCACAUGGUUGACUGUUGAAGCAGAGUCAGCCAGCAGAUAAAAAAGAUGAAGCACAGGCUGUGAAAGUUGGUGGGAUACGACAGCAUCACUUUGAAAAAAAAGCCAGCUAAGAUUCUCAUGUGCAGCCAAAGAAAACGUGCCAUUGGUUUGCAUGUGCGUGCAUCACUGUAGCCGUGCGUUUCAAAGCAAGUAGUAUUCUGACGCAUCUAAAACUUGGAGCUACUUCAGAGUUCUGGCAGCUGUCCAAGCAUAAAGCACUCUCUCACUGCACCUUUGUGCACAGUGUUGUGUUUAUUAGUGAGAAUCAUCUUUGUGCCUUCUACGCAAAGAAUGAAGCACUCGUUCAUCAUUUUUCUGCUUGUAGUCGAAAGCAUGUCAUGGGCUAUGCACAUGGCACGCCCUAAACGUUUACAUGCCUCUUCUCAUGCACCAAAGCGCACCUCUUUCUUUCGCAUAUUGUUAUAUUCACUGCCUGCACGUCACGCAUUUGCACGUCUUGCACGGUGUUGUAGUUUGAAUGUAAAUUAUUUUUUUGUGUCCUUGUUGUUUCUAUAGCUCCGGCAGCUUUUUUAGAUUUUACGAGGACGCUCGACCAAGUUAAGAAUUGUGACCGGUGCACAGCACGUGGUAGUACAAGAACGUUGCUCACUCACUAUCUCAGAAAGUACCGAUGCUUUCAAGAACCUGAUCUAGUCCUGAUGAAAGGAAAACAAAGUGUUUGCUUAACCUGUUGUGCCUUUGAUCAAUGGGGUCUUUGAUUCUCUCGCGGUAUUCGAACGUUUUCCUGCUGCUUUGCAAGUGUCUGUUACAGUACUACUUAGAGCACUCUGACAUGCUUGAAUCUCUCAGUUUGAGUGAUGCAGUUCAAACUUGGAUUUGCGCAACGGUCUGGAUGAGCAGUCUACUAGUUAAUUGCAGCCUGGCGAACAUGUUUCGGACAAUCCUCAGAGCUGCCUGUUUAAGAUGACUCCAAAGAUGUAAAAAAAUGGUUUUGUUUUCUUUUUAAUAAAAUAAAAUACCUGUACUUUUUA